UCGAACACAAUGCUAUUGAAGAAAAAAUGAAUGCCAAUUGUUACUCUUUCUGUAAACAGAGUCUCUGAUCAUGAUGAUGACAUCAUUCAAACCUCAGCCUUGACCUACAAGUCACAUGCAACCAGUAAAUUUGACAACAUGACUUGUCUGACCAUAGAAAAUAUAUUAUGCCGACAUGUAGGCCCUACAUGUAUUUACGCUUAUAAGAUGACAUCAAGUUUUGGUAAAUUGAAUGGCCCUUGAAGACAUAGAAAAAGAAUUGUUGAAGAUAUUCUUCAAAGACAAGACAGUUGAUGAGGAUGGGUAUGUGAUCGGUGUGAGGAAGAACGCUCUUCAAAUCUUCAUUCCAAAGUUUGGAUUAGAGGGCACACUCUACGUUCAACAAAAUGAGGAUGGAGUCAAGACUAGUCCUUUCACAUAUGAUGAGGAACCAAGUCAGAAUGCGGGUGAUGUAAAGCUCCGAGCCUUUGAUUAUGUCAAAGUUCAAAUCAGUAUGCAAGCAACUAGUAUACAACACCAGAAGCUGAGGUUACAAUUGGUCCAUCCAGAGGUUCCAGGGUUUAGUGUUCCUGCAGUCGAGGAAACACAAGGAGAGAACACAGACAAACAGGAUGAACCUCCCGCAAAGAAAGCAAGAACCAAGUCCAAGUAAAACCAAUACCCCACAUCCUGGUUUACAUUUUUAAACAAUGAUCGGAGGAAGUUCUCACAAUGUUCCUUUAAGGGUAGUUUGCACCCUUCCCAUUGUUAGUGGAAACUCGCUAAAUUAGUCUGAAGUUUCAAAUUAUCGAGACUGAGCGUGGAUUGUGUAGUUCAGCUCCUCCUCCUCCUCCAAGCAAGAACUUGUGCUAGACUUGUCCCAUCAUGGACCUACUACAAUCAGGAUCUGUGUAUCCAGAUUUCCAGGGGGGGGGGGGUGCUUUGCACAUGGCAUUGAAUGGCUGUACACAUGCAUCCCCCACAAUGAGCACGUUUUACUGAUGAAAUACAUGGCAUAGUGCACAUUAGGGUGAUAAACGAAUGUAAGAACCUUGGCCUAGACAUCUUUUGAAGAAAAGUAGAGAACUCUCAAAUGGGAUGUAAAUUCAGAUUCAGAUGUUUUGAUUGUCCAUGAUGCAAUAG